GUUCUGCAGGAGAAAACAGUUGACUUCAUCUCCAUGAGUCUCAUUCGUUUGAUGGAAAGACAGAGGAGAAGAUCAAGGGAGCCUUUGGCUUCUCUAAGAAGUAUAAAGGGAAUUCAGAUCUGUUUGGUUUGGAGUGAUAUAAGACAAUUUUUGUGGGACAAUGCAGAAAGGGGUUUCUGCAGAAAAGGUUGAAGGCCCAACGUCCUCUGAAGAAAAUAUUGUAGGACUCAGGGCUUCUAUCUCAACUCUACUGAGUAUGAAGAAAUUGCCAAUUGACAGUUCAGAAUGGCAAAGUUAUUUUGAUGAGAGCGGCCAGUUACUCAAGUCAAGAGAGUUCAUUUCAGCCAAAAUCCUGGAGAGGGGUUUGGAUCCCUCUGUGAGAUCAGAAGCAUGGAAGUUUCUCACAGGUUAUUACUCCUGGAGGAGUUCCUGUGACGAGAGACUGACAGUUGACAGCAUGAGGCGGAAAAGUUACGAAUCUUUGUGCAACAUGUGUGAAAAGAUCCAACCUCUCCUGGAGACUGAGCACAGGGAUUUCAUGGAGGUGCGAAACAUCAUCAAAUCUGAUGUUCAGAGGCUUUACAUUAAAGAUGCACAGGGCAACACACUUGUAGACAAAAGCCAGCUGGAAAAAAUCCUUCUGCUGAACUAUGUGUGCAAUGUGAAAGCUGAAUAUCAGCAAGGCUUCCAUGAGAUGCUUUUGCUUUUCCGCCUACUUGUGGAGAAGGAGCAUGAGAUCUACUGGCUCUUCCAGUUCUUCCUCCAAAAAACAGAGAAUAGCUGCAUUAUGAACGUUGGGGUGGAGAAAAACCUGAUCAUGCUUAGAGCCUUGAUUGCAUUUAUGGAUCCAACCUUUGCAAAGCAUUUGGAAGAGAAAGGUCGAGUGGUGCAGUCCUUGUUCCCUUGGUUCUGCCUGUUUUUCCAGCGAGUUUUCAAGUCUUUUGACGAUGUCUGGAGACUUUGGGAGGUGUUUCUGACUGGGCUGCCUUGCAGAAACUUUCAAGUGAUUGUAGCCUACACAAUGUUGCAGACAGUGAGAGAUCAGAUUCUCAGAGAAGACAUGAAUGGAGACGACAUUUUGAUGCUGUGCAAUAACAUCGUAGAUCUGGAUGCCGAUGAAUUGAUCUCCAAAUCCUGUAACACAUAUGAGGUUCUCCUGAAAUAUAAAGAUAAGGUUCCGAAGGAGUUCAAGGAGUUCUUUGGUCUGUCACUAUAAUAAAGGUGCCUUGUUAUAAAA